UCUCUAUAAACAAAAUUAAUCUGUCAAAGUAUUGACCCGAAUUUUUAAAUGGAAGUUGAGCCAUCGUUACGGUUUCCUUUAGAUGGUUCUAUGCAAAUCAUAUUUACUGGAUACUACAAUGGAUUUGGUGUCGAAGUUAGAUCUAUUGAUGAGAUGAACUUAUUGUACAACAUGGGAUGUUUUGGUAAAGGGACUUCUUCACGAUCUAAGCCAAGGGAAUCACAGAAUGUUCCUGCUGUGAUGAGAAAAAGACAGUUCCUUAAAAGAAUGUGUUGGUAUAAAAAGUAUGGUGAUUCUAAAAAUUCUUUGGAAUCUGAUGUAUUUCUUAAAGAUGUAAAUAAAUUAGCUGCACAAAUAUUAAGUGAUGGUGAAAAACAUUUAAAAAAAGAUGUGAUAGACUUGGUUUCUAGUGAAGAAAGUGGUGAAGAUGACAACAGUGAUAUUUUUACCCUUGACAGUUAUGACAAAGAGGAUUUAGUUGUCAUUAUGCCUAAUAGUGAUUCCGAAGCUGAUGAUUAUUUUGCAAAUCUUAAACCAAAGUGUUGUGUUAAUAAGAUAAAAAUGCCAGAGAAGCUAAUGUUAUCAAAACAGGAGAGUUUUUUUCUCCUGUAUGGACUUGGUUGCUUACAAAUACUAAAUAAUGAUGAUAAAGUCCUGAAUAUAGAGCAAUGUUGGAAGUUAUUUCAGGAGGAUGAUAAAUAUUUUUUAGAAAAAUAUGUUGUUUAUCAUUAUUUUCGAUCUAAAGGCUAUGUAGUAAAGCCUGGUAUUAAGUUUGGGGGUGACUUUUUAUUAUACAAAGAAGGUCCAAGUGUUAACCAUGCAGAUUUCAUUGUUCUAAUAAGAUAUGCUGGUGAAGUAUAUGACUGGAUUUCAAUAUUUGGACACCUUAGAGUAGCAACAACUACAGUAAAGGAAGUAUUAAUUGUGGAAGUGAUUCGACCUAAUGGAGAACUUGAGUUACCUAAAGAUUUGAAAGAAUAUUGUGUGCGAGAAGUGUUAUUGUCAAGAAACAAUCCUGUAGCAAUAAAUGAUGAAAUUGAGUAAAUU